UAUUACUUCUGUUUCCAUAAUUUUCAGAUAUAAACCUACAGAUUUACCUGAUUAUCCAAGUUGUCAGCGUGCUACAAAAUCUUAUAGAUGUAGCUACCUGUCCAAGCGUGAUGUGAAAGAGUUUCAUCGACAUUUUUAUUUGGAUAAAGGUCUUUCAAAAUUAAAGAAGCCCAUUGGCAUGUGAUUUUAGAUUGGAUGAUGAAAAACCCUGAAUUGGCGAGAGGUAGGCUAAGUACCAGCCAAACCAGAAAAGAUUAUAGUAAAUUAUGGAGUGAAUUGACCAACAAAUUGAAUUCUUUAGGGCUGGGGCAAAAGAGUGUGGAUAAGUGGCAAAAGUCCUGGAGUGACUAUAAGCUUAAUUUGAAAAAGAAGGCAGCAGAAAUAGAAAGAUCUAGAAAUUUAACAGGAGGCGGCCCAGCUUGUUCAAAAACUUUGAAUGAUUUUGAAUUAAAAAUUUUAGAAAUAUUAGGGGAAAGUUUUUUUAAAGGAACUGGAACUCAAGAAUGAGGUCAGCUUCCACUGGACGACACGUUAGCGCUUCCACUUGAUGACAUGCAGCAUUAUGAUGCUACCCCAGUUGCAUCAACAUCAGCUGCUACAAAUUUUCCUAUUCUGGAGGAACAGCAAUCUGCACAACAAACCUUGACUCCUAAACCUCAACAAAUAGAAUUUAGGAAAAAUCCCAGAGUUGAAAAAUGUCUUUUUACAACCAAGGACCAUGAUUAUCUACCAUCUAAGACACCAACGCGACAAUCUGAAAAUGAUGAAGUUAAGCUUUUAUAUAAAGAUACUGUUUCUAUAUUACACAGUAUUAACUAAAAUGUAUCAAAUAUUGCCCAGAAUGUAGGGGAACUAACUGAACAAAUUAAGGUUUAUGCAACAAAUUUAGAAAUGAUUUUACAGAAAUUAAGCCAAAAUAGCUCUUAACAUAUAUUUUUGUACUGAAAACCUCCAAGCAUCUGUUUGCAAAUUUGACUGUUGGUGUAACUCUUUUGAAUGCACCAUUUGUGAUAAGCACUUGUUUCUUAAAAUAUAUAUAUUUUUUUUUUAGGUUCAGAUUGCUAGUUUAGCAAUACAAAAUGAUAAACUUUUUUUUGUUGAGGACUUUAUUUGUUCUCUAGAAUAUAUUUCUUCUUUGUGUAUAGUU